GGCUGUCAUGGUGGCAGCUUGGGUUUGCCAAACACCCUUGCUGACCACCAUGCCCUGGCAUGAGGGAGGCAUGCUUUGGGCUAAGAGGAAGGUUGGAUUUGUUCCAGCCCGGCUGAUUGUUUGGUUGGGCGAUGGCCCAUGCAUUGUCAAGGUGCUUGGGCAUGCUACUGAUGGCCCAAGAGCUGCUGUGGGGCGCAUGGGUGCUGGGAUGGCUUGUGUGAGUGGGCUGGGCGUGGCCCAGGCCCUUUGUAUGCUUGUCUGUCUGACCAUGGUGCUGUGUGCUGCUGAGAGGGGCCACAUGGCGCCCAAGAUGUCCUUGAGAAAUGCUGGAGAAGUGCCUGCAGGCAGUGGCCACGUGGUGGCACUGCCCUGUCCAAGUUAUGGUGCUGUUUGACUAAGGCAUGGUGUGGCUUGCUGCACCAGCCACAUGGCGCCCCUGCCUUGCCUUGCUGGAGAGAACCUGCUAUGCCAUGGUUCAAUGAUGACCUUGCAGUGGAGCUGGGAUGCUAGAACAAGCUUGAGUGUGGCAGUGGGCUUGUGUGGGGCGCUGGCCAAGCCCCUUGCCUGAUGAUGGCCUGCUACAGUGGGCAGCAUGGUGUUCUACCAUGCUUGCAAGUGUGCCUGCAAGGGCUGCCUUGGGGCAGCAAGCAAAGCAAGGGCAGUGGGCGAAUUCAAAUGGACCAGGGAGCACGAUCCAGGUGGCAAGUUGCUGCUGGAAGUGACCUUGUUGCACCAUGCUGUGGGCUGCAGCCAGGUGGCAGCCCACAGCAGCAAAGCUCUCCCUCCUGGUGGCUAUAAGAGGGCUGCUGGGGCUCUCAUUCAAAGGAAGCUGGAAGCUACAUUGUGAAGGAGUCUUGUGAGGGAGCUGCUGUGAGGAAACAUGAGUGCAUGUGAUUUCCUAUUGUAAGCCUUGGUGGCUGAGUUCAUAUUGUGGCUAAGGGUUCCAUUGUGUUGUAAGGGCCCUGGUCAUUGUCUUUGUACAUUCGGUUUGGUUGAGUGUAAAAGUUGGGAGGUGUUGCUCCUGUAAAAUUCUGUUGUGUUGUGAUUACCCUUCCCUAACCUCUGUUGGUGUGUUGGCUGCCUUGGCACUGCUUGGUGCUUUGCUAAGGGCCAUCACGUGGCUUGUUUGGUGCGAAAAAUUUGCCCCGUGACAAUUGGUAUCAGAGCACGGUUGGGGUCAUGGCAGGUGGCUCUACACAAGACUUGCGGGAAAGAGUAGCCAGGCUUGAAGCCUUGCUAGGUGUUCCUGUGGAGGAGUCCUCCUCCACUACUAUUAUGGAGCAGUUGGCUGCUGCUCAGAAGUCUAUCUCAGACUUGCAGUCGUCCCUUGAUGCCCAUAGUGCAAGGGCCUUGCAACGGUUGGAAGAAAGAGCUGAGGAGCAAGCUGACCUUGCAGCUCACCGGUUUGAAGGUAUGGGUGAAGAGAUCGAGUCCAUGCAAGAUGAUAUCAAAGGGUUUUCAGCCCGCUUUGAUGCUGAGUUAGACAUUCUCAAAAGGGCUAUCCGUGGCUUACCUACUGGUGGGGAGGCCACGGCCAAGCUGAAGGUUCCAGAACCUAAGCCCUUUGGGGGUGCUAGAAGUGCUAAGGAGUUGGAAAACUUCCUAUGGGAUAUGGAGCAGUAUUUUCGGGCUGCUCGUAUUCCAGAAACAGAACGUGUCACCAUCACCACCAUGUAUCUGGAUGGCGAUGCAAAGCUAUGGUGGCGUACCAGGGAAGAUGACGAUUCUGGUAGGCCAAAGAUCACCAACUGGGAAGCACUUCGAAAGGAGCUGAGAGAUCAGUUUCUUCCUUGCAACACUGCAUGGGUUGCAAGGGACUCCCUCAAGAAGUUGAAGCACACAACCUCAGUAAGGGAGUAUGUGAAACAGUUUAGUUCUUUGAUGCUGGAUAUCAAAGACAUGUCGGAGGCCGACAAACUAUACAAUUUCACAUCAGGAUUACAAGUGUGGGCUCAACUUGAGCUAAGAAGGCAGGGGGUGCGUGACCUCCCAUCUGCCAUGGCUGCUGCUGAUGCCUUGGUUGAUUUUCGACAGAGCAAAGAAGAUGGGGAGAAACCUAAACCUAAGUCGAAAGACAAGGGUAAGAAGAAGGUGGGCAAUGAGAAGCCCAAGUUCAAGGGGAAAACCGACAAGGGCAAGGGCAGGGUUGUUGACAAACCGCAGCCCAACAAGAACAAUCUUGGUUGCUUCAUAUGCAAUGGUCCCCAUAGGGCAAGGGAUUGCCCAAAGAAGGAGAAGCUGAAUGCUCUAGUCACAGAGGAAGGUCCAGAAGCUGGGGGUGGGGAAUUUCAAGCUCGAAUGAACCCCCUCCAGAUGCGGUUGAAUGCUCUAAAGGCAGAACCAUCUACUGUGCUAAUGUAUGUUCCUGUGGAGGCCAACUCCUCAAAGUCCACGGCCAUGCUAGACACAGGGGCUACACACAACUUCGUGGCAGCACGCAUGAUAACUAGGUUGGGGCUAAAGCUGAGCAAGUGCCCAAGCAAGCUGAAGGCAGUGAACUCAGAAGCCCAGCCAGUGGUGGGUAUUGCUCAUGCAGUCUCCUUGAAGGUUGGAGAGUGGACAGGAGAGGUAAACUUUCUUGUGGUUCCCUUGGAUGAUUUUGAUAUUAUUCUUGGAAAUGAGUUCUUUGUGCUGGCUGAGGCAGCACCCAUGCCCUUUUUGAGGGGAAUGUUGAUCAUGGACAAGGCACACCCUUGCUAUGUGAAGGCCAUUAAGGAGGCACCACCUCCCCAUGGCAGUAGUAAGGAUGGUGCCCUCUCAGCCAUGCAACUCAAACAUGGCCUGAGAAGAGGAGAUGUUACUUACUUGGCUGCUUUGAGAGAAGUCAAGGAGGAGUCGUGUGUGGAUGCACCAGAACAGGUGCUGAGUUUGUUGGAAGAGUUUGAGGAUGUCAUGCCUCCUGAGUUGCCCAAAACUCUUCCUCCUAGACGAAAUGUUGACCAUAGAAUUGAGUUGCUGCCUGGUUCAACACCACCUGCUCGUGCACCAUACAGAAUGUCGCCAAAAGAGUUGGCAGAAUUGCAGAGGCAGCUUACUGAGUUGCUGGAAACAGGUUUCAUCCAGCCCUCCAAAGCUCCCUAUGGUGCCCCAGUGCUCUUCCAAAAGAAGAAGGAUGGAUCGCUUCGAAUGUGUGUGGAUUAUAGGGCUUUGAACAAGGUUACAGUGAAGAACAAAUACCCUGUGCCCCUUAUCCAAGACCUCUUCGAUCGAUUGAGCAGGGCAUCCUACUACACCAAGCUGGACUUGCGUUCUGGUUAUUGGCAAGUGAGAAUUGCAGAGGGGGAUGAGCCCAAGACAACCUGUGUAACUCGGUAUGGCUCUUUUGAAUUUCUUGUGAUGCCUUUUGGCCUCACCAAUGCCCCUGCUACCUUUUGCAACCUUAUGAAUGAUGUCUUUUAUGAUUACAUAGAUAAAUUUGUGGUUGUCUAUCUUGAUGACAUUGUGGUAUACAGUGAGUCUUUUGUUAAUCAUUUAAGCCAUCUAAGGUUGGUUCUAACUCGGUUGAGGGAGAACUCUCUUUAUGUAAAGAAAGAGAAGUGUGAGUUUGCUCGCAGGGAGAUUCUGUUCCUAGGCCACAAAAUCAGUGCAGGGAAGAUAUUAAUGGAUGAAGGCAAGGUGAAGGCCAUCCAAGACUGGUCACCACCCAAGACAGUGUCGGGAUUGCGCUCGUUCCUUGGGCUGGCCAACUAUUACAGAAAGUUCAUUGCUGCCUAUUCAAAGAAGGCAGCUCCCCUCACUGACCUGCUGAAGAAAGAUAGGCAGUGGCGUUGGACAGAUCAAUGCCAGGCCGCCUUCGACAAGUUGAAAGCUGCUGUUGCAAGUGAACCUGUCCUGCACCUGCCUGACUUUGAACUACCAUUCGAAGUACACACUGAUGCCUCAGAUAGAGCCAUUGGGGGUGUGUUGGUGCAAGAAGGGCAUCCAGUUGCCUAUGAGAGCAGAAAGUUGAAGGAGGCUGAGCAGAGGUAUUCUGCCCAUGAGAAAGAAAUGCUGGCUGUUGUUCAUUGUUUGCUAGUAUGGAGAGUAUACUUGCUGGGAACCAAGUUUGUGGUGCGCACCGACAAUGCUGCCAACACCUUCUUUCAAACUCAAAAGAAGUUGUCAGCAAAGCAGGCUCGAUGGCAGGAGUUUUUACAAGAGUAUGACUUUGUGUGGGUACACAAACCUGGCAAACACAACCAGGUUGCUGAUGCAUUGAGCCGCAAGGAGCACGAUCCAGGUGGCAGGUUGCUGCUGGAAGUGACCUUGUUGCACCAUGCUGUGGGUUGCAGCCAGGUGGCAGCCCACAGCAGCAAAGCUCUCCCUCCUGGUGGCUAUAAGAGGGCUGUUGGGGCUCUCAUUCGAGGAAGCUGGAAGCUACAUUGUGAGGGAGUCUUGUGA